UCUCAUGUCUUGACUGCACAUUUCCUCACUGUGGCUAUUAACAUUCAAAUUAACCCCUCCAUCAUUUCCUGAGGCAUCUCCCCAUCUUGAUUGCAGACAGCAACCAUUCCCACCCUCCUGCAACCAAAACAAUCCCUUCCCUUUCGGCAGCAUUCCCCGCUGUCGCCAGCAGGGGGAACUGGAGAGAUACCCAUAGUUAGACCCUUGUUGGAACGUACCAAUACGGGUGUGUCCUUUGUGAUUGAUUCCGAACAGCUCGGCUUAAACAGUAGAAUGUGGGCAAGGGGAGGAUGCCAUCGAUGAAUGGAAUCCCCGUUAUGAAAUAAAAUGGGUCCUAAUGAGUCUUUGGUCAGGUCGCUGCUGGGACUUCCCCGCCGCGGUUCGAAGUGGUACGUCCCACCGCUGGUCGCCGGAGGGAGGAGAGGGAAGCUGUUCCAUUCUGCGCUUGCUCCUCCCUCCGCUGUAUGCUCUCAGGGUUCUGCUGAAGGAAAGAAGGAAGGAAGGACCCUCCCAGCCUGGGACACGUCGCCGCAGCAGCAGCCAGAAGCAGCAGCCUCUGCAGUGCCUUCCAGCCUUUUUGCUCAGGUGUUUCACAAGAAGUUUUAGGCAAUGAAAAUUUAAAAUGGACCCUGAGGAGCAGGAGCUGCUUGGCGACUAUAGAUACAGAAAUUACUCUUCAGCAAUUGACAAAGCUUUGAGGAACUUUGAAUCUUCAAGUGAAUGGGCAGAUCUUAUAUCUUCUCUUGGUAAACUUAACAAGGCUCUUCAAAGUAAUUUGAAAUAUUCCCUUUUACCAAGACGCCUGAUUAUCAGCAAAAGAUUGUCUCAGUGUUUACAUCCAGCAUUACCUAGCGGAGUGCAUUUAAAAGCACUAGAAACUUAUGAAAUAAUAUUUAAAAUUAUUGGAACCAAAUGGCUUGCAAAGGACUUGUUCUUAUACAGCUCAGGCUUGUUCCCCUUGCUGGCAAAUGCAGCAAUGUCAGUGAGGCCUGUUCUUCUUGGUCUGUAUGAGAAGUAUUUUCUCCCACUUCAAAAGUCCCUCCUGCCAAGUCUUCAAGCCUUCUUAAUUGGACUUCUGCCUGGACUAGAAGAAGGGUCAGAAAUCUAUGAAAGAACAGAUGCUUUGCUUUUGAAGUUGUCUCUAGUAAUUGGCAAAGAAGUGUUUUAUUCAGCACUGUGGGGGAGUGUACUAGUUAGCCCUUCCAUAAGGCUCCCCGCAUCACUGUUUGUUGUUAAUCAUAUCAACAGAGAAUUAUCUGGAAAGCAGCAAAAUUAUUUGCUGGGCACUGAUGCAAAACUUACGAUCAAAGCUUUUUGUGUGUCAAUGCUGGAUUCCAAUGUUCUUGUACAAAGAAAUAUUUUGGAAGUGGUUCUCUUCUUCUUCCCAUUUUAUUCAUCACUGGAUCCCAGUGAAAGUGCCAUUCCACUGUCUAGAGCUGACAUAGUCCAUCUUCUCUCAGCAGCUGUCCAAACUCUCUUAAGAAGAGAUAUGUCCUUAAACAGAAGAUUAUAUGCAUGGUUACUAGGUUCUGAUAUCAAAGGAGGCAUUUUUGUACCAGAUUCAUCUGUUUCCAUGCCCUUAGAAGACCAUGCCCUCUAUUUUUUUGGAAAAUAUUCCAAAGAUCUUUUAGUUGAGGGACUGAUUGAAAUCCUGCAUCAGAAAUCUGCAGAAUCAGACUCAGAGGAACAGCAUCAUGCCUAUUUGAAACCAUUCCGCAUUCUCAUCAGCCUACUUGACAAACCUGAAAUAGGGCCACCGGUUGUUGCUGAUUUGUUUCUUGAAGUGAUCAGAGCAUUCUAUCGCUAUUGCAAGGAGACGCUGGGUUCUGAUCUUAAACUCAGUUAUAGUCAAACUGGCAAUGUCUUUGUAAGUGCAAUCAAAGAAAACAAGAAUGCAUCUGAGAUUGUUAAAACAGUUAAUCUGUUGAUCACAUCCUUAAGCACAGAUUUUCUCUGGGAUUAUAUAACCAGAUGUUUUGAAGAUUGUUUCAGAAAUACAUCAAUGCAGACACAACUUGUCGCUAAGCAUAUAGUCACUCUUGCAACAGUUUCAGAACUUUGCACACUGCUGAUAUUUCUUCUAGAUGUGAUACCGCUGGAACUUUACUCUGAAGUACAGUUUCUGUAUCUGCCACAGAUGCUCAGCUGUAUUGUACAAUCCCUUCUUGAAAACAUGGAAACUCUAAGUUUACCAGAACUCACUCAUGCCUUAAGAACAUCCUUCAAAGUGCUUAGCAAAGUCCAGAUGCCUCCUGCCUAUUUAGGUACUGAAACAGGAAGCUCAGACACUAGCCCUGUAAAAGAAGAAAAUCAGGAACUUACUGCAGAGUCCAAAGUUCUUCAGAAUGAACCUGAUGCUCCUUUUCCUCCACUCAAGUCUGAAGACAGUGGUAUAGCUCUUAGUGCUUCAUCUCCAGAACUGUCACAGUAUUUGAAAGUGCCUAGAAUAGUCCCUGAGAAAGAUGAUGUCUGGAAAAAGGGUGGCAGCAUGCAGAAAACCUUGCAGUGUAUCGAAGAAUUGGUUGCAAAGUUUGCCAGUAAAUAUAUAUUUGCAAUUCAUUUACAAGAUUCCAGUAACAGGAAUAUUUCAAUAGCACAUAUAGGACAGAGGGAGAACAAAGGAGACCAUUACCCAUCCUCUGGAAAUAAUGACAAGAAAAGACGCUCGUGGGACUCCAAGCAAAUCACUGUGCCUCAGUUUAAACAGAUGCUAUCAGACUUAUUCACUGUCAGAGGAUCACCGUUUAAGCAGAAAGGUCUGGAUCUCCCAUCUCCUUCAAAUGACCAUGGUAGGGAAAGAGGGAAAGAGGAGGAAGAAUGGGACAUUGACCAAGUUAUGCUCGACUUGGGAGACAUGAGAGAGGACUGCAGAGAGGCCUUUGCAGCUGUAUGCUACCUCUUACUGGAUUGUACUACAUUCCCUGUCUAUCUUUCUGAAGAAGAAACUGAACAACUAUAUUUGUCUCUUUUUCAAGUGCCUGGAGGCUGUGAAUCCAGUUUUCCCAUGUGGCUCAAAUCCUUGAUGACAAUAUGUUGUUGUGUAAAUGACUGCUACAUUCAAAAUGUGGCCAUCUCUGUACUACUAGAAGUAAUCAACCAUUCCCAAUCAUUAGCACUAGUUAUUGAAGACCGAAUAAAACGGUAUAAAAUUCCUGGGCAAAAUCCCUUCUUUGGAAGACUGCAAAUGGUCACAGUUCCUCCUAUUGCUCCUGGAGUUCUGAAGCUAAUUUCAGAGAAAACUGACUUCUAUCAGAGAGUUGCCCAGGUGCUUUGGGAUCAGCUAAACAACGAGAAAAGAGAGCAUCACAAUACUUGCGUAGAGCUGUUCUACCGUUUACAUUGUCUAGCUCCAUCAGCUAAUAUUUGUGAAGACAUCAUCUGCCAUGCUUUACUGGAUCAUGAUAAAGGGACAAGGCUGGAGGCACUCUUCCGAUUCUCUAUCAUGUGGCAUUUAACCAGAGAAAUCCAAGGGAGCAGAGUGACAUCCCACAAUCGGUCUUUUGAUAGGUCCCUCUUUGUUGUACUGGACAGUCUUAAUUGUUCAGAUGGCGCAAUUGGUGCUGCAGCACAGGGCUGGUUGAUACGAGCCUUGUCACUUAAUGAUGUUGCACGGAUUCUUGAGCCUGUACUUCUGCUUCUGCUUCAUCCCAGGACACAGCGUACCUCAAUCCACUGCAUCAAACAGAAGAACUCAGCAGAAGACAUGAAUCUCUGGUAUAAGAAGAAAAAAGCAUCUUUCCUGGAGUCCUUGGGAGCCUCUGGAUUACAUGAAAGCAGUUCUGAGGAAAGUUUGCCAUUGAGCCAAUUUACCACUGUGGACAGGGAAGCAAUAUGGGCAGAAGUUGAAAACGACCCUGAGAAAUAUCUGCUAAAAAAUGAAUUGUCUGUAAAUAAUCCUUCUCAGCAUGCAGAAUCUCUACAAGAGAAGGGUGAAGAGGAUAAUAGUGAACAUACAGAGUCUGCUGAUACCAGCACUGGGCCCAUUGACAGUGAUAAUACAUCGUCCUUUUCUCCUUCUCUGGACCAGCAAGACAUGAGCAGUGAGGAGAACCAUAGUGCCUCAAUCAAUGAUAAAGAAAUCUUGAAACAAGUUAGUUCAUCCAAUGUUUAUCCCCCUGACAGUUCCAGAUCCAGUACCAUGCUGAACCUGGUGCGUGCAGAUUCUGAAAAAACGCAAGCAUCAGAAUCUCUCUCAAGUGAUGAGGAGGUGGAUGUAGAGCUCCAAGCCCUUACCACAUCUAGGUUGUUAAAGCAGCAGAAGGAAAAACAGGAGAUAGUUGAGGCUUUGUUUAAGCACGUUCUCUUAUACCUGCAGCCAUAUGAUUCCAAAAGAGUCCUAUAUGCUUUUUCUGUCCUUGAGGCUGUGCUCAAAACAAACCCUAGAGAGUUUAUUGAAGCUGUAGCCACUACUAGCAUGGACACCAGCUCCACAGCUCAUCUGAACCUCAUCUACAAUCUUCUAUCUCGCCAUCAGGAAGCCCUUGUGGGACAAAGCUUCUAUGGAAAGCUUCAGACUCAGUCACCAACUGUAUGUCCUCAUUCCUUAUUAAUAGAGUUACUGACCUAUCUCUGUCUGAGUUUCCUGCGCUCUUAUUAUCCUUCUUACUUAAAGGUGACUCACAAAGAUGUGCUUGGCAAUAGGGAUGUCCAAGUUAAAAGUGUUGAGGUCUUGAUCAGGAUGAUGACACAACUGGCAACAAUGGCUAAAUCAACAGAGGGCAAGAACAUAGAAUUUAUUCGCAACUUGCUUGGAAGAUGCAAAAUUCAGGAGUUUGUCCUUCUUUCUCUAUCUGCUUCUAUGUAUGUUAGUCAGAAAUGCUAUGAACAUAUUAUGGCCAAUAAGACUAAUGGUUUAAGUGAUCACUGUGUCCUUGAAGAAAGCCUCAUAAAUUUUGGUCGUGAUCAGAUUUGGAGUGAGCACCCUUUACAGAUUGAGCUCCUUAAACUUCUGCAAGUAUUGAUAGUCUUGGAGCAUCACCUUGGGCAAACGCAGGAGGAACUUGAAAACCAGCCAGGUCUAUCGAAGGAAUGGCAAAGAGCUCUUAACUUUCAGGAGGCAAUUAGUGCUGUGCAGUAUGUACAUCCACACCCUAUAACAUCUCAAGGAUUAUUUGUCUCUGCUGUUGUCCGAGGAUUACAACCAGAGUAUGGUUAUGGCAUGCAUCCAGCUUGGGUGGGCUUGGUUGCAUAUUCCUUGCCCUACUUUGGAAAGUCUUUAGGGUGGACAGUGGCACCAUUUAUUGUUCAGAUAUGCAAGAACCUGGAUGAACUUGUCAAACAAUAUGAACAUGAAACUCAAAAGAUGCCAUCCAAAGGGUCUGCAAGCAUGCAUUGUAGAAGGGAGAACAUUACACCAGAUUAUCCUCUAACUCUUUUGGAGGGUCUAACAACUAUUGGUCAUUUUUGUCUUUUGGAUCAACCAAAUCAGACCAAAAAGUCACCUCUGAGUGCUGACCCAACAAGCCUAAGAAAUGCCAGGAAUGCCCUUCUGGAAGAACUUCCCCGCAUCAUUAAUACCAUGUCUCUCGUCUGGAAUGUCAUAAAAAAGGAAGAAUCUCAAAAAAGACCAGCUGACUUCCUUGGAACAAAAGGCUCUUCUUCAGUUUACUUUAAGGCUACCAAAACGUUAAAGAAUAAAAUUCUAGAGUUCUUGAAUCCACUCACUGGACAGCUUGGAAUGCAGCUUAUAGCUUCAGUAGCAGCAGUGUGGAACAGCAAAAAAUCGCAUAAGCAUCAAAGCAAAACAAAGAUUCCUCCUGUAGCUAGUACAUCUCAGCUUGUAGUCCUUGAUCUUGUUUGUGCUCUUAAUACUCUGAAGACUGAUACUAUAUUGCAACUAGUAAAAGAAGUUGUCAAGAAGCCAUCCCAGAUCAAAGGGGAAGAGAAGGCUACCCUAGUGGAUAUCCCAGUGCUCCAGUUCUGCUAUGCCUUCAUACAAAGUCUUUCUGCCUCAGCCUUGCAAGAAAACUUCCAGUCAUUGUUAGGAGUGUUGAAGGAAUCUGUGCAACUGAAUUUGGCACCACCUGGAUAUUUUUUGCUUCUUAGUACCCUGAAUGAUUUUGUGACCAGAACGCCAAACCAAGAAAAUAAGAAGGAUCAGAAAGACCUGCAGGAGGUGACCCAGAAAAUAUUGGAAGCUGUGGGUAAUGUUGCUGGUUCCUCCUUAGAACAAACUAGCUGGCUGAGCAGGAAUCUGGAGGUGAAAGCCCAACCUCAAGUCUCUUUAGAGGAAUUCAGUGUUGAAGAUGAUUUGUGUGAUACCUCAGCAAUACCUUCUUCAAUGGUUUCUGCAUCUGCUCCAUCAGUCUACAGUGUUCAAGCCCUCUCUCUUCUUGCAGAGGUUCUUGCUUCUCUCUUGGAUAUGGUUUAUCGAAGUGAUGAAAAGGAGAAAGCAGUGCCUUUAAUCUCACGUUUGCUGUAUUAUGUAUUUCCUUACUUACGCAAUCACAGUGCCUAUAACCUUCCAAGCUUCCGUGCUAGUACUCUUCUGCUCAGUUCUCUAAGUGGCUAUGCCUAUACCAAACGUGCAUGGAAGAAAGAUGUUCUGGAACUAUAUAUGGACCCAGCUUUUUUCCAGAUGGACACUUCAUGCAUUCACUGGCGAGCCAUUAUUGAUCAUCUUCUUACUCAUGAGAAAACUAUGUUUAAAGAUUUGAUGAAUAUGCAGAGCAGCUCCUUAAAACUUUUCCCAAGUUUUGAGCAAAAGGCAAUGUUGUUAAAACGUCAGGCUUUUGCCAUUUUCAGUGGAGAAAUUGAUCAAUAUCAUCUUUACCUUCCUUUAAUACAAGAGCGAUUGACUGACAACCUGCGCGUUGGACAGACGUCCAUAGUAGCUGCACAGAUGUUCCUGUUUUUCAGAGUUCUAUUGCUAAGAAUUUCCCCCCAGCACCUAACCUCACUAUGGCCUAUCAUGGUGACAGAACUGAUUCAAACAUUUAUACAACUAGAAGAAGAGUUAGCUGAGGAAGAAGAACCAUCAAAAAACAAUAGUAAAAUUAGCAAACAGAAAGCAUCAUCAGAUGGCAGCAGUCUCCUACUUGGUGAUAUACAGCAGAAUGAAUUGAACUUGUAUUUAUCAGCUUGUAAAUUCUUAGACACGGCACUUUCUUUUCCACCUGAUAAGAUGCAGUUAUUUCAAAUGUAUAGAUGGGCAUUUGUCCCAGAGGUAGACACACAGGUUUACAGCAUGUCUCCAGAUCUAAUGGAAAAUCAACAGGAAUGCAAACCACAUACUGUUAGAAUUAUGGAUUUAUUGAAGCUAAAAUAUGGGGAACAAAAUACCAAUGAGAGAACAACAAAAAACUACACCUUUCCUCUCUUGGACCUUCAUUCCAUAUCAAAUAUUACACAGUUAAUGCCAUUCUUCAAGAUACUAGGCUGUGCUUUUAAAUCUGAAAGCAAUAAUUCACUAAGUAUAAAUAACUCAAAGUCUCUCAAACUGGACUGCCCUGUUGGCAGUGGCACAAGGACCCUGAGGCUGCUGGAAGAGUGUGUGGAACAUGAUUUUAUAGAAAAUAUGGAAAGUUAAUGUACUUCAAAAGAGUUCCAUUACUUGAAGCUUUUAGCUGUUAUACAACUACUUUCCUGAAAGGAUGUAAAUACAAGGAUGAAAUGUUUCUAAGGCUGUGUCUGCAGUGCAGAAAUAAUCCAGUUUUGCACCAAUUUAACUGCCAUGGCUCAAUGCUAUAGAAUUCUGGGAAUUGUAAUUUUGUGAUAUAUUUAACAUUCUCUGUCAGAGAGCUCUGGUGCCACAACAUACUACAGUUCCCAAAAAGCUAUUGCAUUGAGUCAUGGCAGUUAAGGUGGUGUGGAACUGGAUUAUUGCUACAGCACAGAUGCAACCAAAAUUUAGAAUUCAUCUCAUUUUUGUGUUUGUUUUUUCCUACCUUUGUGGUCUACAGUUCUGUAGCUUAGUGACAUGUUGCCCUUAUAUUUUGUGGGAACAUAUUACAGAUACAUAUUUCUUAAAAUGAAGGACUUUUUACUUUGAAAACAAAGACAUUCUUCUAAAGCUAUUUUAGUUCUUUCUGUAAACAACUUCACUGUAGUACGUUAGCAUUAGAAAGAGAAUUAGCAUGUGAUUCAUAUUUCCUCCUGACAAUUUAUUCUUCUAGUGAAACAUUUGUAUGACUCUUCCGACAUAACUUUAACUAUCUUAGACUGAAAGCCUAAGUUUACUUACUAGCACAUAGGCCUCACUGAACUAAACAGGACUCCCUAGUAAAUAUCCUUAGGCAUGGGCUUUAACCAUGUAUAUUUGUCAUUAAAUAUUCGAAAAUUAAGAAGGCAACUUCUUAUGUGGAUAUUUAUUAGACUAGUUUUAAACUCAUGAUUGCCUUUUUCUGGUUGAUCAAUUGGUACUUAAUUGUUGUAGGCCUAUAAGAAUUUUUAAAGAAUAUGGUGCAUAACAACUGUACAGUUGUAUGUAUACAUAUAAUAUGCUGCAUUAGAAGUACUUAAUUUUCUAAGCAAUUUACAAUUUUGUGCUGGAGCAUCUGUGCAGAUAUGUAUAUUUACUCAAAGUAUUACAUAAGAAUUAUGACAGCUCUUUAUAUUGUGAUUUAAUUUAGAAAGGAACUUGAUUCCAGCCCCUUAUUUACUAAAAAAAAUCUAUAAUGCAUGAGUGCAACCCAAGAGUAUAUUGGUUAAAAGGGUCCUAUGCCAAUAGCUACAAAGGGAGACAAAUGGAAAGAAAACAAAAAGGUCUAUAUGAAACAUAAUGAUUAGCCCUGGUCUUUCAGUGUGUUGAAUAUUAUAUUUUACUAUUUUUAUAUGCUCUUGUAAAGAAUAGUAUUUCUUUAGCAUGUCUGUCUUUUCUCAGCACCCUGCUCCAGUACUGAGUACUUCAUAUAGAUCAAGCAUCCUUCACUAAAAAAUUAUCACUAUCGAGCCAAACAUGAACUCUUGAUUUAGUGGGAAACUAGGGCAUCUGCUUAAAUUUCUAUUGACAUCAGUGGAGCUUUCCUUGGGUAUAGAUUAGGCUGGAUUGUGCCCAAGGUUUUUGUGCAAUACUCUUGCAGCAAAAUGUGCAUUCAGAUAUUUAAUGCGGAGGGUUUUUAUUUCACCACUGUUACUACCUUUUGUAAGUACCCUCCAGUAUCACAGACACUUGUGUAAGGUGCAAAGCUCUUUGACAUCCUGAAAAGAUUUAUUCCAGGGUUUAAUAUAGGUGAUUUAUUUGUGUACCUUUUAUUUACCUACAAACGAAUAGGUAUUCCAUAUUCAUUUUGAUAUUGGUGAAAUGUGGAACACAUAAUACAGGCUUUAUUGCAAUUAUGUUAAAAUAACUAAAUGAAGCAUUGUUCACUUGUUGAUAAUUUUGUAGACUGAUGGAACUAAGUUUAUAAACUAAACUGUAUUUUUCAUUAUGAAUGUGAAAUUCAGCUCUUCUGAAUGUAAAUUGUUUCACAAGUUACUUUGAUCACUGAUGUGAAGGUGUAGUAUCUAUUAUAAAGCAGUAAAUGCUGCUCAGUGUUGUGAAUUCCUUAUUUAGAAUCCUAAAUAAUUUCAAAGUGCAAACAAAUGUUGUUAAUGCUCAGGGAAACAGGAUACUUGUCAUCAAUGCCAGUUUUGACAAGAACUCUCUCUUGCUCUAUUUGGCUCUGUCAGUACUGCUGAGGUACAACUACUAUCUGACAUUUCACCAUGCAGUUAACUAUAGAGUUCCAUUUUAAUCAGAAGGGAGAAACUUAGCAUUAUUUUAGCAAUUUAAUUUUCCAUUCCGUUUUAUAUCCACCUCUUUCUUAUUCAUUUUCUCUUCUAUUUCUUCCAUUGCCUUUGAAAUUAUCCUAUCCUUAAUGUCAAUUUAUGUUUUCUGACAUAUUUUGUUUUACUAAAAUAGAUCAACCACUUUAUCAAAAGUGCUGUCUGAGGGGGAUCGCUUUCACAUAUUUAGAUCCCUGUCCAACUUGACAGAGUUCCCAUGCCUGUGUUUCCACAAGGUUACUUAUUCCGUAACAUUGGCCUGUUACAGACUGCCAAAAUAAAGCUGCUUCGGGUCUCUUUGGAGGUAUGCUGUUUAAAUGAUGCAU